ACGAGCGAGGACCGGCACUGCGGGAAGAUGCUGCGCGAGCGGACCGUGCGGCUGCAGUACGGGAGCCGCGUGGAGGCGGUGUACGUGCUGGGCACUUACCUCUGGACCGAUGUCUACAGCGCGGCCCCCGCCGAGGCCCAGACCUUCAGCCUGAAGCACUCCGAGCGCGUGCGCGUGGAGGUGGUGCGCGACGGGCAGGCCGAGGAGGUGGCCACCAACGGCAAACAGCGCUGGCCUCUGUCGCCCAGCACCACGCUGCGGGUCACCAUGAGCCAGGCGAGCGCUGAGGCCAGCAGUGACAAGGUCACUGUCAACUACUAUGAGGAGGAGGGGACUAUGCCCAUUGACCAGGCUGGGCUCUUCCUCACAGCCAUCGAGAUCUCCCUGGAUGUGGAUGCAGACCGGGAUGGCGUGGUGGAGAAGAACAAUCCGGGAAAGGCAUCCUGGACCUGGGGCCCUGAGGGCCAGGGGGCCAUCCUGCUGGUGAACUGUGACCGAGACACGCCCUGGCUGCCCAAGGAGGACUUGAACGAUGAGAAGGUCUACAGCAAGGAAGACCUCAAGGACAUGUCCCAGAUGAUCCUGCGGACCAAAGGCCCUGAGCGCCUCCCCGCCGGAUACGAGAUAGUUCUCUACAUUUCCAUGGCGGACUCGGACAAAGUGGGCGUGUUCUACGUGGAGAACCCGUUUUUCGGCCAACGGUACAUCCACAUCCUGGGCCGGCGGAAGCUCUACCACGUGGUCAAGUACACGGGCGGCUCGGCGGAGCUGCUGUUCUUCGUGGAAGGCCUGCGCUUCCCCGACGAGGGCUUCCCGGGCCUGGUCUCCAUCCACGUCAGCCUGCUGGAGUACAUGGCCGAGGAGAUUCCCCUGACGCCCAUUUUCACGGACACCGUGAUAUUCCGGAUUGCUCCGUGGAUCAUGACCCCCAACAUCUUGCCUCCCGUGUCGGUGUUCGUGUGCUGCAUGAAGGACAAUUACUUGUUCCUGAAAGAGGUGAAGAACCUGGUGGAGAAAACCAACUGUGAACUGAAGGUCUGCUUCCAGUAUAUGAACCGAGGGGACCGCUGGAUCCAGGAUGAAGUUGAGUUUGGCUACAUAGAGGCCCCCCACAAAGGCUUCCCCGUGGUAUUGGACUCCCCCCGAGAUGGAAACCUGAAGGACUUCCCAGUGAAGCAGCUUCUGGGCCCAGAUUUCGGCUACGUGACCCGGGAGCCCCUCUUCGAGCCUGUCACCAGCCUUGAUUCCUUUGGGAACCUGGAGGUCAGUCCACCAGUGACUGUGAACGGCAAGGCCUACCCCCUGGGCCGGAUUCUCAUCGGGAGCAGCUUUCCUCUGUCCGGCGGUCGGAGGAUGACCAAGGUGGUGCGGGACUUCCUGCAGGCCCAGCAGGUGCAGGCGCCCGUGGAGCUCUACUCUGACUGGCUGACCGUGGGCCAUGUGGACGAGUUCAUGACCUUCGUCCCCAUCCCGGGCAAAAAGGAAUUCCGAAUGCUCAUGGCCAGUACCGCAGCCUGCUACAAGCUCUUUCGAGAGAAGCAGAAGAAGGGCCACGGGGAGGCCAUCAUGUUUAAAGGCCUGGGCGGUAUGAGCAGCAAGAGAAUCACCAUCAACAAGAUUCUAUCCAACGAGAGCCUCGUGCAAGAAAACCUGUACUUCCAGCGUUGCCUGGACUGGAACCGUGACAUCCUCAAGAAGGAGCUGGGGCUGACGGAGCAGGACAUCAUCGAUCUGCCCGCCCUGUUCAAGAUGGACGAGGGCCGCCAGGCCAGAGCCUUCUUCCCAAACAUGGUGAACAUGAUUGUGCUGGACAAGGACCUGGGCAUCCCUAAGCCGUUCGGGCCCCAGGUGGAGGAGGUGUGCUGCCUGGAGACGCACGUGCGCUCCCUGCUGGAGCCCCUGGGCCUCUGCUGCACCUUCUUGGACGACAUCUCUGCCUACCACAAGUUUCUGGGGGAGGUGCACUGUGGCACCAACGUCCGCAGGAAGCCCUUCUCCUUCAAGUGGUGGCACAUGGUGCCCUGAGCAGCCGGGGCGGGGGCUGUGCUGUGCGGGUCUCAGCCCGUCAGUAACCAAGAUUGUGGUGGGACCAGCCCUCAUCUUAUGAUUGCAAGAUGUUCUUCAGCAAUAAUGGUCAGGAAACUUUGGCGGGGGGUUGGGGUGGAGAAAAGGAUGAUUAUUUCCAGGACCUGGAAAUUGCACGGCACACCUGGGGCCACACAGCAAAGUUGCAGGGAGAGAGAGACAGCCCAAGCCUGGGGUUCUGCUUUUUGGGCAGUGGAGGGUGGGGGCCGGGGGUUUUGCAGCACCUGCGGGGAGUGGGGGAUGAGGAAAAUCGAGGGGCUCAAAUGGUCAGCUUUAGAAACCAGCCAAGAUUUCUGAAACGAAGGAGCCUGGGGCAGGAGGAAGCCUGGUGUUUUAUCUAGUCCUGUGGCUGGCAACAAACAUGCUUAUUGGAGAUGGCUUUCUUUGAAGUGGAUACCUCGCAAUCAAAGCCCAAGUGAGGCGCUUGCAUUACCAAAAAGAGAAAACACACACAACUGGGGCCUUGGCACCUCCCUCCUUCCUUCUCUAGACCCCUGGAACCGCCCCCCAGUGCUUCCCCUGCCUGCCGAGGACUUGACAAGGACUGGACUGUCCCCACCAGGCCUCCAGGAAAGGGGAAGGGACCUGAGACAUCUGUGCCUUGCCAUCUCUCAGAAGGGCCCCAGCGUCCACCAAAGUCACCCCUGAUGAACCUCAACUUGGUUCCUGAAAAGAGCUAUGCCUUUGGCCAGCCUCUGAAUAGCCCUAACACGAAAAACCAAGAAACAAAAACUCUGUACCCAAACCAUUCCCCAAAGAGUGCUUAGUCUCUUGUCCAAAAUUGAAGGAGGGGAGAAGGGGAGAAAGUUCUGGAAGCUCUGGGAUCACCAGCUCUGGCAGCCAUGCUCUGAAGGUCAAGGUAGAUCCCAUGGAAAGGGACCCUGGGACCCCCAGACGUACUUUGAACUGCCGUCAUCAUUUCAAGUUUCCCACUCCCUUGGAGCGUGCAGGGGGCUGCCUUUAAUUAUUCAUUCCUUCCCGGUCUCUCUCAGACCCCCUUGGCUUCCUCUCUGCAGUGUAGACAUCCCUGACUAGCUUCCCCAUUCCCUGAGGGUCCAAUAAUUUAGCUUAGAACCUUCCCCAGAAGUGGAUUUUCUCAGACCUCUCCAUUUCUAAGAUGCUCCUUAUACUUCAUCUUUCUGUUGGACACUGGCUCUCCCAAACGCUUGUGAGGCUCCCCCCAGACCAGCAUCCUUGAACCUGAGAGUGCCGUGGGUAUAGAUGCCUGGGCUCAGCCUUAUCCUUCUCCUGCCUGGUUCUCCAUUCCCUGGGCCGUCCCUGGCCUCCCUCCUCCCAUGCCUCCACUUCCUAUUCCCGAUCCUAUCCCUCCAAGCAGCUAGAUGGGGACUGGUUUGCCACCAGCCAGGCUCAGACCUGCCCCAGGUUAUAAUUAAAGACCCACCAGUUCUCCCCAGACCUUAGCCCCGACAUCUAAGGACCUGGGCUGGCCCCCAGCCCAACAGCCAGUUCUGGGCCAGCAGGUGGCCUUAGACACAGACUGUCUAUCCCAUGGAAGUUCACCAGCACAUUUGCUGAACAUCCUCUCAUCUGCUCAUAACCAGAUUAAUUCCCUGUCUCCAACCCAAAAGACUCAGUUUCCACUAAAAAAAAGUUCCUUGAGGGCCAGCUGAUGUCGGGAGAAUAAGUGAAUUAUAAUCCCACAUUGUGGGUUAAAAAGAACCAAUUUAUAGCCAAUGAGACGGUUAUAAAUUUGUAUUCUUGCGAGAACAGGAUUUUCUUCUUGGGUUAUUUCAUUCAUGCAUUCAGCAGACGUUUCUUGUGUGUCUACUAAGGGCCAGGCACAGUGCUGGGCUCUGAGGAUGUGGUGAUCCCUAGCAGGCUAGACCUGGUCCCUUCCUCCUGGAGCCGGUCAGUUCUCAACAUGCCAUGUCCACAUCUAAAUGGCCAACAUUUGCCCUUUCAGUGAUACGCUCUUCCAAACUGAGAACCCGCUAUAUUCAGGAAAGGCCCGGGGUCACAGACCUUCCUGCAAGUCACAAUUUUGGAUGAAGGUAGAGGGUUCUUUUCCAACCAGACCUCCUUUUCCACCCAGCUGGGCCAGUACCCACCCGAUAGAUCAGACCCCAGAGCCUUUAGAAGCUGUUGUGUCCCUGCCUUUGGGGGCCACAGGCCCAGACCUCUGCAACCCCAGAGCUGAAAACACCAAGUGCCUAUUCGAAAGUGUCCAUCUGGAGACUUAGAGUUUGUCGUGUGUGUGUGUGUGUGUGUUUGUGUGUGUGUGUGUGUGUGUGUGUGUGUGUGUUUGGUUAAUGUGGGGUUUGGGGUUUUCUUUCAUUUUUUUUUCUAGCCUACCUUUAAGGGGAAGUGAGCAUCUCCCAUGUGGAGACAGUGUGUGUUUAUAAAUUUUUCUAAAGCUCUCCCCAUCGGUAAGCUGGUAAUUUCUGAUGAUUCUGGAGCCCCCAGGACUCAGACACCCAUUCCCAUCUUGCUUGCCCCUCCCACCCCGUGUGACUACCCUCAGCGUGCACAGCUCCCCCAGUCCCCAUGAACUCAUCGCUCUUCCCCAUCCCCAACUUUCUAUAAAUGUAGACCUAAGAUACAGUUCUGUGUUGCAAAACUCAGCUAAGUUCCUGUUUCGACCUUUAUUUUGAAAUAGUUUAUGUAAGAGGGAAGGGGAGGUGCCGUGAAGAUGGCAAGAAGCAGGGAAGUUUCAACUUUCUGGACGAGAGGCCAUGACAGAGAUCGAAAGAUGUUUGGGGAAGAGCCUAAUUAAAUAGCAAUAAAAUAAACCAUCAGAGGGGAAGUCA